AUGCCCGACCCGCUCGAAAUCUUUGAGGCGCGUCUGGAGGCAGCCUUUAACACCUUCUGGACUAACCUGAGAGAACGCAUGAAGCAGGCGCCCCAGACAACAAAACCGCAGGUGAGAAAGCGGAAACCCGACAGGGCAAAACCUGAAAAACUCCCCAAAGGCAACCCGACCGCACGGCCAGCACGCCAUACCACUAAACGCCUUCCUGGGAAUGGGGCCAUCAGGGGUAGCCCACACAAGCGGCGACCACACACGCAGAAGGGUCCACACCAACAAAAAGCACCCUUACAUGGCAGAGAAGAGAAACACUCACCUCCUGCUACGAGGCCAGCCACACAGCCAGUGCGUCCCCGUGCACCCCCUCGCGGGCAGCCGGAGCGCCCUGGUAAAGCAAGAAAGCUGCAGGAGCGGAGAAUCAGUGCACAAACCAGGCGGCGGAAGCUACACAAGAGCACUGCUCGCCCUCAGCCGACAAACGAUGCCUGGGUAACAGCGCCAAAGCCGCACACGAGGGGGUUAAACAGACCCCCCUCAAACCGCAAGACGUCACCUGCCCAAUGUGCCACCAGUCCCGCCACAACAGACAGGAGGGGCAGCCGUCUAAAGCCACACACGGCAUACCAAGAAAACAACGGCUUCUCACGGCAGCCCAAACCGGAGUCAGAGUGGUUGAGGAACACCCACCCACACGAGACCCAGCAUCAACCGCAGACCACCAAGAUGGCGCAUGGGGAAACUGCUGCACCUCCAGAACAUGAGAGAUACACGUGGAAAGUCGGCAUCGGCUGA